AAAGCGCACCAACUGUCAAAAAAUCUUGACCAAACGCAACUCGCGCAAAGAGAAAAACAGUGUUUUCAUUCGCGUUCGGAAAAGGGAAAAAUCGUGCACAGCUGGUGAAAAAUCCACCCGAAAUAGCUUUUCUCCGAGUUCUGUGGGCAGUGCAGUGCGGUCCAGGAGUGUCAAUUCCAUUGUUCGCGAAAAUCCGCGGCCGAGAGUGAGUGCGCGAUCGAAGUGAGAGUGAUCGGUCAUUGUUUCGUUUUGUUACGACGUCGGAGGGAGGAAGAUCACUACAACAGGAAAAGGAACAAUGCUAAGAAGCGCUACGAACGACGGGGAAAUUCCUUUUAUGCCGUGAAAAAUCUUCAAAUUUUGAUUGUUGAGUUUGUAAAGGAGCAAGAGUGAAAAGCACUCUGCUGGUUGGUUUGUGGACGUGUGCGGGAAAGGAAGAGCACACACUUGCGUGUGGCGUACGUGAGCGAAGGCGACUAUCACCAAAAGAAAAGAGAAUGUCAAAAAGUGAUUUGGCCUGAUAACAGCAAAACAACACACAAUCACGUCGGGUCGUCGGAGCGGAGCCUUAGGAUUUUUUGAGAUUUUCGGCUGUGAAAGCCUAGGAAAGUGAAACCCGCGCAGUUUGUGGCGAUGAGUGGUGAAGAAAAUUGUAUCCCUCCUCCGAGCUAUCUUCAAGGAACUCAGCAGACCGUUCAGCAGAUGCGUCAGUUCCAGCACCAUUGCCGGAUCUGCGGCGAGACGGAGGGUCUUCGCCGGUGCAGUCGGUGUCAGGUGGCCUACUACUGCUGCCAGGACCACCAGAGGCUGGAUUGGCGUGUGCACAAGCUCGAGUGUCGUUCGAUCCACCAGCUGCAGCAGCAGUCGCCAUCGUCGUCGUCGUCGUUGUCCGGAGGCCUGCCGGGAGAACCGGGAAUGAUGAUGUUACCGCAAGCGACGGCAGUUCAGCAGCAACAGUAUGCCAUAUCCCAAAAUCAGGGAAUUUAUCGUGAUGGUUUGAUGGCGAUGGGCGCCGAUGGUGAUACCACUACCAGCGCAAUGAUGGGCCAGGUGCCGGACGGGGCAGGUCGGGUGGGGAUGACGACGGCGACGUCGGUGCUGCCGAAUGCGACGAUGACUUUGGAUCAGCCGACAAUCGACCGCCGGGUCUUUGCGAACGCAACUGGCGUACGUGCAGAAAUUUUGUCAACAAACGGACUGGAUGACACCAAUACCAGGAUGGCCACCAUGAGCACGCCGCCUCUCGUGCACCACCACCAGCAACGCUCGCAGCCGCAAUCGCCCUCCCCCUCAUCGCAGCAAGCGUCACCGUCGUCGACAUCGUCUUCGCCCAUCGCCGGCGGCACCUCCACCAUACGCCCCUCCCCCGGUCAAGCGUCGUCAUCGUCAUCGUCGAACGUCGAUCUGGUGGACGUCGAGGACGAACUGCUGCUGAGCGAGAACGCAGUCUCGAAGCUGUUUCCGAACGAUUCACUCACCACCGUUGAGGAGCUCGUCGACUUGGACCAGAUCGAUGUGGAUCACAUCCUGAACGAGAACAACUUCCUGAACAAUAUCAACAAUUUGAACUUUUUGGACGAAGCCCUUGGGGAAAGUGUUGAAAGCAGUAGGGUUAGCAGUGCUGGGGAAAACCUGGUGAUCAGUGGGGACAGUAGUAGCGGAAAUAACAGUGGAAACAAUAGUGGAUACAGUGUCGAGUCAGGAGGACCCGGGGGAAGUCCACAGGACUCGUUGUUGUUACCGGCGGACGAUAGUUUAGUGAACGGUAGUGAAAUGCAGUUAACACAACAGGCCAUGGCUGCCACGCUGCAGCAGCAGCAACAGCAGUUGAGUGGCACCGCAUCACCGGUGCCGGUGUCCACGGAAGAAAGUGUCAAUGCCUUGCUCAAUGCGAAGAUAGACAAUCUGCUGGGUAUCCAUCAGCAUCAGCAACAGCAGCAGCAGCAGCACCAACAACAACAGCAGAGGUCGCAGGUGCGGCCACCUAGUCAAGAAGAUGCCCUGCUGCUGGCCGAUUUGGAGCAGGAGAGUUUAGAGGAAGCGUGCAACAGUUUGAUUCGGGACAUGAAUGAGUACGGGGUGUGCGUGCUGGAUAAUUUUCUGGGGCAGGAACGGGGGUUGAAGGUGCUGCAUGAGGUCACCAACAUGUACUCGUCCGGAGUGUUUAAGGAUGGGCAGCUUGUUUCCAAUCGGGGCGGUAAAAAUAUGCGACACAUCCGGGGCGACAAGAUCGUGUGGAUCGGUGGAGGCGAACCGGGCUGUAACAACAUUGGAUACCUGAUCAAUAGGGUCGAUGCCAUAAUCACAAACUGUAAACGAAUGAUCAACAACGGCAAGCUAGGGCGGUACAACAUUAGAGAACGGACGAAGGCAAUGGUGGCAUGUUAUCCGGGUCACGGAUCGCACUACGUCAAACACGUGGACAACCCCAACAAAGAUGGCCGCUGUAUUACCGCCAUCUACUAUCUCAAUCUCAACUGGGACGUGCGGACGAGUGGCGGUCUCUUGCGAAUCUUCCCGGAAGGGUGCAACGACCGGGUGGCCGACAUCGAGCCCGUCUUCGACCGGAUUCUGUUCUUCUGGUCGGACCGGCGGAAUCCGCACGAGGUGCAGCCAUCGCACCGGACGCGCUACGCCAUCACCCUGUGGUAUCUGGACGCCGAGGAGCGGGAAUCGGCCCGGUUGCGAUACCAACGGGACUGCGAAAACACACGGUUCAGUGCGUGAGCGUGAGCGUGUGAGCAUCGCUCCGUGCCGCAACGCGGUAAGUUACACACACACAUAUUGUUUAAAUAGUCUCUUAGCUUUAGGUUUGGAUUGUUGACUUUUGUGUCAAUGUAAAACAGUAUAGUAAGUAGCUUAGGAUAGUCUGUUUUUUAAGGAAUUAACUUUUACAAAACAAAUUCUACCACAGCACCGAUGUGAACGAAGGCAUGAGACAAAGUCGAAUAAUUUAUUUAGCUGAAACUUAUAUACAUAUACUAUCAAAUACUGAUAAAUGAGAAUGUGAUAUUGUAUUAACGAUUAAGAGAAUACCGCAAAGUAACUGUUAUAUUACCUGCAAUUAUUAUAUUUUUCAACUAGUUCUUUUUGUUCAGUGUACAGUUCUCCUUAUAUAGGAAAAAAAAAAACUCGGACAUACAACAAACUAAAGAAAAGAGAACAUCAAACACGCAAAGUUAGUCAAAUGUUAGCUUUAGAGCAUCCGCAGUAGUGCCGGAACUGUUGCAAACAGUUACGCACAGAGAGCGUGCCAUUGCAUUGGGGCGGCUCCUAGUACCAAAUUAACAGCGGUCGUUGAAUUUCGACGAUAGCGACAUCUGACGGAGCACGUUGUUCGAAUACAUAGUGAAAAAGGCCAAUGACAUAAAAGUUGACUCCAGAAACAAAAAGUCUAGGAAUACGUACGUAGUAGCUAGGGUACACCAGUUUGGAUAGGCUGUCUUUCCGAUGAUCAUAGAUCUUGGUGCACGGUACUGAGAUGCUGUGCAUGAGUAUUUUUUGAGAGAUGAAAAGAUAGACAAAAGUGAAGGGAGACUAAAUUCAAGUGCUAAUAUUUUUUCUUCGUAAUUUUCUCCCUAUUUGGAAAGUACAUUGGAACGGGUAUUUAGCAGGGAAGCGCAGGACAGUAACAGAAAGGUUAUAAAAAAUGAAUAAAAACACGUUUAGUUCUGAAAAA